AUGGAACGUCAGACUCGUGAAACGUGUAGACACUGGCGGCGAGGAUGCUGCAGAUUUGGAGCUAAUUGUCAAGAUGACCACUUCGAGCAUAGAUUCCCGAACAGAGGAAGAUCGGUGCUCGACCGAGACUCUCCUCGAACUCUCGCGAAUAUACCACGCCCUGAUACUCCCAUCCCAGCUGCUCACGGUUCGCACACUCCACACCCUGAAGCUCCUGAAGGGAAAGGGGGCAGAGAUCCUGCAGAUGCUGCAAAUACGUUGCCGAGACUAUUAGCCUCGACUCCUACAGAGGAAGCCCCCAGUUCGACACCAAAAAAGGAGUCUUUCAUCUAUGUCGACUCUCUCACAGGUUCAUUACGCUUUCUAAAGAUAGAGUGCGAUAUCAUUCGUCAAGUGAUCGAGGAAAAUUACCUGAAUUAUGACUUGAAUGAAUAUGAAAUUCUCCAAAUGGCUUCCGAUGCCGUGCUAAAGCAAGCUGGUACCGCUCGCUUGGUAGCGGAUUGUUGGACAUACUGGUUGAAAAAGGGUAGGCAGGAAAGUCAUGUUGCCCGUGACUGGCCUGCGGAACCAGAAGAUGUCGACGAGAACGUGAUGAUGUCCCGGCGGAUAAAUAUCACAACAACUAGUACAUAUGCUGUAACACCAGAUGAAGCUGCACUUCGAAAAACUCCAACCGCAAUUAUGGUAUCAGCUACAAAGCCUAUCGCAACAGCCUCUGCGCUUUGGCCGAAAGAACAAAAGGAAUUUCUUUGCAAGGUAAUCAAGGAGAAGAAGAAUGAUCAAUACCAUAUGUCCAGACAAGUAUUCUGGCAGGAAGUUGGAGAAGACAUGCACGAAGCUGGAUAUCCUGAAGGAUAUCAAUUGUUCCGCGAUUAUUGGGACAAGCAAGGUCGGCAGGAAUUUAACUAUGAUGAAAAACCAUAUUUUGACAAACGUCCCACAACCGAAACCGUCAAGCGAAAUAAUACUACUAGUCGAACGAACCCGCCCGGAAUUAGGUAUAACGCUGAUCAAAAGCUGCCCCGUGAUGAAGAUUACACCCCCAAAAAAGGCACGGGCCGACGUUCGUCCUAUUCAACUGCCACAUUUCAAGGUAGCGGGAAAAGUACGAAAGCUAGACGAAGAUCAUUGACCCCGGAGGACUCUCCAAUUCAACCAAUUAAAAAUAGAAAGAGGGCUUCUAAUGCUGACGAACAUCCGCCGCCAAGACCUACCAAGAAACGUGUCCCAUCUUCUUCUCCAAAACACAAGUCACCCAAGGCUUGCGUUCCACAAAGAAUUGAAAGUGUAAUACAUAACAUGCGCAGCAACUACCAUGUUAAAGAUAAUACAGCGAAGGUCGCAUCUCAGUUCCCUUUGGAAUUACAAGUGCCUACUCCUGGAGAGAAAUUUUGUCCUAGCUUUGUUCCCAAGGAAAUAACCCUCCCCGAGCCUUCCCGCAAGACUGUCCAGCCUGUCGCUCCUUCUACAAGUCACGACACUCUAAGCAAAAUCUUUACUACCGAAGCUUCGGCCACACAGCAAUCUGAACGCUCCCCGCGAAAGCCGUCCCAGCCUCCUGCCAGAAAAGUAAGCAAGAAGGCCUCGGCAAAAGACACUGAAUCGCAGCAGCCAGAUACUCGAAAAAGCGUACAACCAUCCAAUAAUGAUUCGGCCAAGGCCACUCAGCCAUUCGACUUCAGAGCACUUCCACAAAUGGACUUCGCCGCAUCCCCUGAGCCUAUGUCGCCAGUCUCUCCGCCUACACCUAAGAAAGUGUCAAUAUCGAAAAACGCAUCAAAGCAAGUCACUCAGUCGACUGAGCAAAAAAAGACAGGUUUCAGCUCUUUAGCUGUCAGCCAAACAGCCCGUAAUGCUGAUGCUCUAGUAAAAUCCGUAACUUUCUUUGAGCCUGAAACCCCCCAGAGCUUUUCAGCGAAGCAAUUGAGCCCAGUUCGCAAGCAAGCAGGUUCAGUUCGAGGCAAAGAGGUGCAGACGGAAGUGAAGCCUGGUCCUAUAAUCCCAGACUCUGCUAUUGCCCCAGUCUCUAAUACUGUCCCAGGCUCUGCCGUUGCUCAGACUCCUCCUGAAGUAGGGAUCGCAAUUCCUUCGAUUGUGACAUGCAAAACAGAUAAAUAUGGCCAUCAACAUCACCUUUUUCAAGGCCAAAAAAUUACACACAAGAGUAAUGAAGACACCAUAUUUGUAGAAGAUAACAGACCUCCUACCAAAGUAAUCACUAGAGCAGAGGAGUCAGCUCUCGUCCCAUCGGCUACUGCUUCAACCAGAUCUCGCUUAUCAGCAACACCUUCGCUUACUGAUGAUCAAUCCUCAACAUCAGAUGAGCAGAUGGUAGAUGUUUCACAGCCAUCCCAAGCAACUCCAAUGGAUUGGGUUGGGGAUAGGGAUGAGGCAGAGGCAGAGGCAGCUGCUCACCUCAUCACCAAGAAGAUGUUGCGAGAGACUCUGGAAUACACCGAAUCACAAAUCUCGAACAUCCAAAAAGAUGUACUCAAAAUCCAAGGAGAGAAGACCGAAACCGAAAAGAAAUUGUCAGAGAUUGAGUUGAAAAUCAACACGUUGGUUUUGGCACGAGAUGCAAUGAAGGGCAGCCAUGCCGGAAAUAUGGUAGAGCUUCAAAGACUCGAGGAGAAACUCGAGGAAACUGUCAAUUACAAGCGAGGCUUGAUUAUUUGUAUUGAGUCAAAAGAGGACGCAUAA